CCAGUGUGCAUGGACGGAGGAGUAGAAGGGAGCGUAUUGGCGAACGGGGAAUGGUCACGUGACAAUUACAGCAUGUGCGAUUUGAAAGGAAGGAAAAUAGAGACUUGACCAUCAGACGAGGGUCUGAGAGAAUCCGUGCACUUCUCUGCGCCGCCUCCUUUCUCUGGCAGCGGAACAGGGACAGCUCUUUUUAAAAGCGCGUCCACACCCGAGCUUUAGUGAGAAAUUGCUCGCUUCGCUUCUGCAGAAUUACAGCACUGACCGACCUUUUCCACCCCAGAAGUGAGGAAGCGCGUAAAGACUGCCGCCUUAUAAUUCUCUGUGAAGGAUCAGCUGACAAGAGAAGCAAAAGAUUUGGCAGUUUUCAGAAUUGAUAAGACCUUUUCCAGGACCAGAAGUUUAUGUGUUUAGAAAUGCCCUCUGCUGCAGGUUUGCGAACAGGAUGCAUGCACAGACGGGCUGCCAGUUCUAGCAACUGACUGUUGUGUGAGACGAAGUGUGAAGUAAUAUGCUGUGACCAGGAUCCUGGUCAGACUGGUAAUUCACUCCAAUCACACAAAGAAGAAAAAGGGUAGAGAAGAACAGAGAAGAAGCAGUGGGUUAGCAGAUGAAAGCUGAAGGGAAGCAAGAUGGAAGGAUCCGUCGUAUCUCUGAUGAAGUAGAGCCCCCACUAGCACACUCCCACCCUCCAUUUCUUUUUCCCUCACUUUCAAAGACCUCGGACCUGUUUGCCAUGAUCGAGAGGUUGCAGGGUUACAGAAUGGAUGAGCAAAGAUGUCCCCUCCCUCCUCCCCUCAAAACAGAAGAAGACUACAUCCCUUAUCCCAGUGUUCAUGAGGUUCUGGGUCGCAGCAGUCCUUUUCCACUCAUACUCCUGCCCCAGUUUGGAGGCUACUGGAUCGAGGGGACCAAUCAUGAACCUAAAGACCCACCAGAGGCAGAUCAACCACCCUGUCCUACCUCCCACAUUAAACUGGAAACAAACAGUACUGCAAAGAUCUACAGGAAGCAGUUCAUGGGCAAGGAACACUUUAAUUACUACACCAUGGAUGCUGCCCUGGGCCACUUGGUCUUUUCAAUGAAGUAUGAUGUCAUUGGGGAUCAAGAGCAUCUGCGCUUGAUGCUUCGCACAAAACAAAAAACUUAUCAUGAUGUGAUUCCCAUUUCCUGCCUUACUGAGUUCCCCAAUGUGGUUCAGAUGGCCAAGCUUGUUUGUGAAGAAGUAAACGUGGAUAGGUUUUACCCUGUCCUCUAUCCGAAGGCAUCAAGGCUCAUUGUCACCUUUGAUGAGCAUGUAAUUAGCAACAAUUUCAAGUUUGGGGUUAUUUAUCAAAAGUUUGGUCAGACAUCAGAGGAGGAGCUGUUUGGGAACAUGGAAGAAAGUCCAGCCUUUGUUGAGUUCUUGGAGUUUCUGGGACAUAAGAUUGAACUUCAUGACUUUAAAGGUUUUCGUGGUGGGCUCGAUGUCACUCAUGGCCAGACAGGGACAGAAUCCGUCUACACAAAUUUCCAUAAUAAGGAGAUCAUGUUUCAUGUGUCCACCAAACUGCCUUACACAGAAGGAGACUCACAGCAGCUGCAGAGAAAGAGACACAUAGGCAACGACAUUGUGGCCAUCGUGUUCCAGGAGGAAAAUACGCCCUUUGUACCAGACAUGAUCCAGUCUAACUUCCUGCAUGCAUAUGUGGUGGUGCAGGUGGAAAAUGCAUGCACAGACAAUGUCACCUACAAGGUCUCUGUGACAGCAAGAGAUGAUGUACCCUUCUUUGGGCCUGCUUUGCCUGACCCCGCCAUCUUCAAAAAGGGCCCUGAGUUUCAUGAGUUCCUCUUCACUAAACUCAUUAAUGCAGAAUACGCCUGCUACAAGGCUGAGAAGUUUGCCAAGUUAGAGGAGCGAACUCGUUCGGCGCUUUUGGAAACACUGUAUGAGGAGCUGCACAUAAACAGUCAGUCCAUGAUGGGUCUGGGUGGCGACGAAGAUAAGCUGGAGAACGGAGGAGGAGGAGGAGGUGGAGGAGGAGGAGGCUUCUUUGAAUCAUUCAAGCGGGUCAUCCGCAGCAGAAGCCAAUCUAUGGACGCCAUGGGCCUCAGUAACAAGAAGUCACACACAGUCUCCACUAGUCACAGUGGCAGCUUUACCCACAAUCCCGCAGAGAGUCCCAAAACCCCAGGGAUUUCAUUGCUUGUCCCAGGGAAAAGUCCCAGUAAAUAUGGACGUCGAGGCAGUGCCAUAGGGAUAGGAACAAUAGAAGAGUCAUUGAUCAUUCCUGGGAAAAGCCCAACCAGGAAAAAGUCUGGGCCGUUCAGCUCCCGUCGCAGUAGUGCUAUUGGCAUCGAGAACAUCCAGGAGGUCCAAGAGAGGAGCCGAGAAGUAUCACCCAACACCCAGAGGACACCAGAGAGUAGCCACAUGUCACAGGAAAACAAAUCAGACAACUCCUCCAAUCACAGUUCUCCAGAGUUUCCUACCACAAAGAACAGUUUGGCAAUGUGUUGCAGGGCACCGUCUAUCCCUGAGGCGCAGGACCUUUCCCGCUCCUCCUCCAAUGCCAGCAGCUUUGCUAGCGUCGUGGAGGAGCAUGAAGCAGAAGAGGAGUACGACACUGGACUGGAAAGUGUGUCUUGUGUUACACCAGUCAAAAAAGAUUCAUUUGUGUACAGCUCUGGGGUGGAGGACAGUGCCAGCCAAGGAAAUCUUCCAGCAGCUUCACGUCUCCAGCAACAACCGGACGCAGCGAGGACAUUAGAACCAAAAGGGACAGACAGCCGGUCAAAGAUGGAGCGCGCUCAGCAGGAGCACAAGUUCUCAUCGAACUGUUAGCCACUCUGUUGCCCCGUCAUUGACAUCCAUUUUUCAGCAUUCCAAUAAGAGGCAUCUUUGUCCAAAAGAAGCAAGCCAAGGGCAUGUGAACUCCAUCGAUGCAGAAAAGGAGCAGUUAGAAGCCAGAUCAAGCAACUGACAGAUCAUACUUUUUACGUUUGACUUGGAUCUGCUGUGUGACAUGACAGACACCUACCUAUCACCAUCUCCAUGCGAAAACCUCCUUUUUGUUCAGUACAAAGGAAAAGGACCUCCGCACUCAUGCAGCAUCUCUCAGCUGGCUUUGCACAGUACAUGUGCCCGCCUUCUCAUUCUUCAGGCCAGUAAGCUCCGAAACCUAAUUCUUACUGUAAAAACUCAAAGAUCAGGAUUACAAAUGGGGAUUUAAUCUUGUCUCUGUUCAGCCUGUAAAGAGUUGAACUACAGAAGAAAGCUUUGUUUUUUAAUGUCAAACUCACAUCCCACUGUGAUAUUGGUUUGACUUUGAUGUAUCAGGUGUAUGUGGCUGUAUCUAAGGCCGCAUUUUGUGUUUUAAUGUUGAUGUAUUCUUUUCUGAGUAUUCUGCAGUAGAUAUUUGUUGUGUUUUACAACUUCAGCAAGAGUAUGUCAUGUUUUAAUCAAGGGUACUUUCAUGAUGCUGUUGCUGGUGGAUGUAAAAACUAUUAUUCACCUUUCUCAUGAAGUGAUGGGUUACAUAUAAAAGACAAAAACUGUGCCACAGUGAAAAAGAGACCUAUUUUAAGAGAAACGUUGACCCGAUUGGUUUAGUUUAAGACAAAAAGCAGAGCUGCUGUAGUGCCCAAACCAGCGACACGCAUCAUCAAAUUUGCAAACUUAAAGCAGUUCUUUGAACUUUUCAAAGAUCUUUUUCACACCCCAUUUGUUGAUGUCUGUGUACAGGUGUGUAUACAGCAGUAAUGUGUACGGUGUAAAUCUGCUUGUCAAAAUCCUCUCUUCUGUAAACUGGUGCCAUGCUUGACAUAAAGGUGUUGUCCUUGUGAUUUGUGUUUUACCGAAAAACCAGCCGACAUCUCCAGAUGCAGUGCACACUGCUAAUAGAGAGCCAAACGUCACAGUUUCCUACUUUGUAUGUAAAGUGUAAUAUAUGUAUGUGACUUAAACACUACAUUUUCAGAGAUACUCCUGAACGCUGACCUUUUUGAAAAAAACGAUUUGUUGCUGAAAUUAAAUGACACUGUGACUCGUCUUGAAGUUGCCUUUAUGAUUGUCACGUGAGCUGCUUUAAAGAAAGGUUAUUUUUAAAGGCACUGUGCUGCUGCCUGAUGGCUUGAAUGUAAAAUGAGGCAGAAGUGGAGUCAUUUGUACAUAUUUGCUCACAAUAGUUGUACUGUGAUUCCUGACGACAGUAAACUUGAGCCUGAAACAGCUCAACUUACAUGAGCAGAGAAGCUUCUUCUUUAAGUUAGUUGUAAAGGAAAAAGCUCAUACAGGGAUGAUUUAUUUCAGUGACAUGACUGAAGCAGACCUUUAUUGUCUGUUGUGAAUUAAAGACAGCAUUUAGUUUGUUAAAGAGACAAAAAGUUUAAAACACUGGACCAAAUGUACUGUUUAAUGUACUCAUCAAGUUGUUUAUAGCUAAAUCACUCUCAAUACAACAAAGGCACAGAAAAAUAUAGACAAAUGUUUUGGUAACAGUAACACAUGUCAGUUACAGCCUUUCAGAAUCAUUUAAGGAAGACUUAUUCAAAUCAUUUUUCCUCCUGAAUCCUUGAGUAGAUAAAGCCUGCCCUCUUGUGGCUCUGAGUUAUUAUAGCACAUCACUAUGUGGUACCAUCAUCUAUCUGUGCUUGCACUGUAUGCUAACAACACUGGAAACCAGUCUUCUCUGUGCUUGAUUCAAAUGAUUGUAUUGAUUCUUGUCAGUUUGUUUAAAAGAAACGUUUGUACAUAUAGCUUUUUUUUGUAAAAUAAGCUAACUAAAAAGUUUAAUAAAGAUGAAAAUGCAUACAGUGAAUAAAGUUCCAGAGUAUUUCUGCAAUAAACAAACAAAUCAUGUUUACCAUUUAAGUAUUUCUGUGUGACAAUGAAGCACAUUCAAUGUAAAAUGAUUGAUAAGAAACUUAAAAGCAUUCAUCAUUCAUGAAGGCAGAGAUGACGCUCUGUAAGGCUUCCAAGCUAUCUAAUACACCAACCCAACCACCACCAUCUGCUACUUUUAAAGUUAAAUCCCCAAGAUUUUUAUGAAAUCCAUUCCCAGACUGGAUACCAAAUACAUGUGUUUUAACAUUCUGUAAGUACAUCUUUGUAUAUGUAUAGAUUUGUUAGUAUCAUCAUUUAGUUAGUCCACCAUUGCAUCACUGCUAACUGAUUCCAUUUAGAGGCACAUGAAACAUAGCAUGCAUGCCUUACUUACCCUGUUUACACUGUGUCAGAGCUACAUUAAGAUAUUCUUAAUGCAAUGUAGUCUGUUUCCACAGCUGCUGCUCCCUUACCUACAAAAUCUUUAAGUGGUAUAAUGGGGUUAAGGGGGGGGGGGGGGUUACACUGUUUAUUUUCAGCUUUUUUUUUUUUUCCUUUCUUUUUUUAAUCAGCAGAGUAAGAACAUUGUGGCAAUAUUUCUUAAGCUCAACAAUGUACCGUAGCUCUUUUCAUCAUUCUCUGCAUGACAUUAGAAAACAGUUGCAUUUAUCACCGACGAUCCUUUCUACUUUCUUAUUUUGUAAAGCAACAUUUGCUGAUCUUUA